AUGGGACGCAAGAAAAUUAAUAUAUCCAAAAUCACAAACGAGCAAAACCGCUAUGUUACAUUUAAAAAACGCAAAUUUGGUCUCUUAAAAAAAGCUUAUGAGUUAAGUGUAUUAUGUGAUUGUGAAGUAGCGGUCAUUAUUUUCAAUAAGUCCAAUAAGUUGUACCAGUACGCUAGUACAGACAUUGACCAAAUAUUGCUUAAAUAUACUGAUUAUACUGAUCCAUACGAAUCAUUGACAAACACCAAUAUUAUUGCUCAACUAGAUGACAGAGACAGUUAUAAAAAAUCAAAAUGUGUUAAUUCGUAUAUUAAUAAUGAGCCUAAUACUAUAGCUCAAACCAACAAUUAUAAAGUAAUGUGCACUCCUAGAAUUAAAUUUAAACACAAUGAUAAUAUUUCUGAUGAAGAUCUCAAAUUUCUUAUGGGAAAUACGAAGAAAAUGAUGAAUGAAAAGCAUAACAAGAAUGACAAUAAUGAUGAAGAUAGUAAUAACCUUGAAUAUAAAUUUAUUCCUGAAAACAAACUUCCAGAAGAUAUAAGAAAACUGCAAGAUAAUAACUUUGUUGAAUUUACUAAACCAGUAACUUAUAAUGACUCAGAUAUGAGUGAUAACGAGUUAAAAAUUGACAGUAAUGCUGAGAAUAAUUUUGAAGAUAUAGAUGACAGUUUACACAUGAAUAUAGAAAGUUAUAUUCCAACCACUUCGCAGCAACAAACUUCAAAAAAUAACCCAAUAACUGAUGAUGAAAUCAAAAUUGAAAUAAUUGAUGAUGACAUUAUAGUUGAAGAUGACAACAAUCUACGUGGAGAAAUAAAAAACAAUACAAAUCCACAAUUAAUGUCAAAUGUUGCAAAACCACCAUUAAAACCAAAUACUCACUCAAGUUUGGACGUUAUUCAAAAUGAAUCUCUUAAAAUUCAACCAGGGAACAAUGUUAAAUACCGUCCUUAUAAUAUUUUACGGACCUCUAAGAAAAGUCAUAUAGGUCUACCAAAAGAAAUGGUAAAAAUAUUACCAAAACCAUGUUGGAAAAUUCACAGUUUUAUAUCGCCAAAGAAAGAAUCCCCAAAACAGAAACAAAAAGCUUAUGAAAGAUUUAAUCAACAAUUACAGGACAACAAUGAUGUGUUAAUGACUGCUGAUAAUAAAAUCGAAAAUGCACAAGUGUCACAAAGUAGUACUACAAAUGACUUCUUAUAAUUACA